AUCAAAUUCCUUCUCGUGCAUUUCAGAACCAAAACCUAUUAUCCAUGCCAUUGAUUCACACACCACCAACCUGCUAUGCUAACCUCGACCCACUCACCAAUUAUUCCUUUCCCUCCAAUGCAUCAUCUUCCACUGUUACUUUUGCUACCUUUGGAUUCAGUGUCACUGGCACCAGGUUUAUGCACAAAAUGGGUCAUACCCACAACCCAAGUUUUGUUCCUUCCACUGCCAGGAAUCGGUCGCGUGCUUCAGUAAUCAGAGCUAAAGCGGGAACCGAUUACUAUUCCACCUUGAAUGUUAGCAGCAAUGCUACGCUGCAAGAAAUCAAGAGCUCCUAUCGGAAACUAGCUCGCAAGUACCAUCCAGAUAUGAACAAAAGCCCUGGGGCAGAGGAGAAGUUCAAGGAGAUAAGUGCUGCAUAUGAGGUCCUAUCAGAUGAUGAGAAAAGAUCUUUAUAUGAUCGCUUUGGUGAGUCAGGUCUACAAGGAGAAAACGGAGUGUCAGCCAGUGCUUCAGGGGUUGAUCCUUUUGACUUAUUCGAUGCAUUCUUUGGUCGUUCGGAUGGACUAUUUGGAGAUAGUGAUGGAGGGGGCAUCAACUUCGAUUUGAGAAAUAAUAGAAACCAUGUUCAUGAUGUUCGGUAUGACCUUCAUUUGAGCUUUGAAGAAUCAAUUUUUGGAGGAAAGAGGGAGAUUGAAGUUUCUUGUUUUCAGACCUGUAAUGGUUGUGAGGGUACAGGCGCUAAAUCAAAGAAUUGCAUUAAACAAUGCGCAAAUUGUGGUGGCAGAGGAGGAGAAAUGAAAAGUCAGAGAACACCCUUUGGAGUGAUGUCUCAAGUUUCUACCUGCUCUAAGUGUGGUGGUCUUGGCAAGACAAUCACUGAUCACUGUCGAAUGUGUGAUGGCAGUGGUAAGGUGGAAUCGAAACGAACAAUGAAAGUGGUCAUUCCUCCUGGCAUCAGUGAUGGAGACACAAUGCAAAUUCGAGGAGAAGGGAAUUUUGAUGAGAAGAGGCAUAUUACUGGGGAUCUUUUUGUUGUUCUCCAUGUAGAUAAAAAACAAGGAAUUUGGAGAGAGGGUCUUCAUUUGUACUCAAAGAUUAACAUUGACUUCACAGAUGCAAUACUGGGGUCUGUUAAAAAGGUAGAAACUGUUGAAGGUUUAAGGGAUCUCCAAAUUCCUUCCGGGAUUCAGCCUGGAGAUUCAGUGAAGUUGUCACGUUUGGGAGUUCCAGACAUGAAUAAACCAUCUACUCGAGGGGAUCAUUACUUCAUUGUGAAUGUUCUCAUUCCUAAAAAUAUCAGUGGCACCGAACGUGUACUUGUUGAGCAGUUAGCUUCGCUAAGAGCAUCUAGCAAAGGCAAUUCAGUGUCUUCUAAUGACAUUGGGAGACGUAAAGGAAAAUUUAAUGAAUUCAUAAAGAGGCAUCCAAAAGAUGAAGCUUCAAGCAAGGGAAUAAAAAAUGUUGGUUCUCUAUGGAGAUCAAUCAAGAACUUCUUAAGGGGAGGACAUUCUGAAGAAAGGUUUGCUUCAAUUAGCCUGGAUACAUCAGUGUCAUUGUGGAGAUUUGGCCACGAAAAUCAUUCAGUCUCAAAUUCCUUUUUUGUUGUUUUCAUUAUAACUUGGAUUUUUGCGUCUAUAGCAAAAUCUGAGUACUCGUUAUUUCAGAAAAGAACCCAGUCCUUCAUAAAUAGAACACACGGUGAAAAAAAUUAAGGGUAUGCUUAGCUUGGUAAGAAAAGUGGAAAAUAAGAAGGGGAGUGAAGGUGGAAUGGGAUGGAAAGGUUUUUAUUUUCACUGCUUGGUGCUUGGUAGAGGAUGUAUUGGCAUAAAGUGGUUGAAAAAUCAAUUUUUGGCUUAUUUUCUAGCUAUAAGAUACCAAUUGAGAGAGUAGAGUGAAAACGAGUUCCACUCCAGUCCACUUUGAAAGGCCCCAGAUUUUUGUUAUACCGAGCAAGUGUUAGUGAUUUCCUUCCAAAAUUACCACCUGUCUACAUCUAGCUCAAGUACACCCUAAAACAUUCUGUUUGAGCUAAGAUGAGUGAGUACAACUCACCUUCUUUUAUGCUCUUACCUCACCACAUGGUAGACUGGGCACGAUUAUUCAUUUGAGCUGUUUGCUCCAAUGUGAGGAACUAUGUUGAGGAUUAAAUUGUAAUCUCUAACAAUCUUUGGCGGCUUAUGUUGAGACAUAUUCCUGUCUUCUACUUUUAAGAUGAGAAUCCUGAACAUUUGUAAA